AUGGCCGAGUCACGUUUCGAGUCGGAGCAAUACACGUCGGAAAACUUCGUCGAAAGCGUUGGCGGCGUUUUAUUCCGUCUAUCGUCCCACGAGAUCUGCGUACUUCAUCUCUUAGAGCGCGAUGAGUACGUGUUAGCCAAAGGACGGCGAAAUUGCGGAGAAACUCGCCAUGAAACAGCCCUGCGCGAGAUUACCGAAGAGACAGGCUUCGCUUGUCGCCUUCUUCCAGUAAAUAUGCAUACUCGUGCCCCGCCAGCGGUAGAAAUCGAGCAGUUGGAUGACCGAGCGCGUUUUUACACGAAUAUUUCCGAACCAUUUACCUUACAAAUCCGCCACCUCGGGGAAAACGAAGUGAAGCUUAUAUGGUGGUUCGUCGUUGCUGUGAAUGAGGACGUAUUGCCGGUGGAAACGAUGGAAGAUGGAUGCGCGGUGGAGUUUUACAGCUAUACGGAUGUUCUGAAUAAGCUGACGUUUCAGAUGGAUCGUGAUAUGGUUAAGAAAGCUAUCGAUCUUGUGGAGAAUACUUACACGAAGUAA